AUGGAGUACGUGCACGAUAAACGAAAGAAGAAAGGUAAAUUUGAUAUAAAGUGCAUGAUUGACUGGUCGUGUCCAAAAAAUCAAUUUCUUGUUUUAAGAAAAAUUACUUAUUUUAAGCACAAAAUUACUUAAUGUUUUAAGAAAAUUUUACUUGUCCCAUGGGUAAGUAAAAUAUUCUAGGUAAGAAUCAGAUUUCAAGAAAAUUUUUCUUAAAAUAAGAAAAUUAAUCUUGGUUAGAACAAAAUUCUUGGUAAGAAUUUUUUUCUAAUUUUGUCCCGUGGGUAAGUAAAAUUUUCUUAUCAAGAAUAUUUGGCUUAUUUCAAGAAAACGUUCUAUAGCAAAAUUUUCUUAAGAAUUAUUUUCUAGUAAUUAGAAAAUUUUGCUAGAACGUAUUCUUGAAAUAAGAAAAAUAAUCUUAAUAAGAAAAUUUUACUUACCCAUGGGACAAAAUUAGAAAAAUUAUCUUGAAUUGAAAUCCUACCAAGAAAAUUAUUCUAGUUCGAUCCGGUGUGCAUGGCUUUUAAGAAUAUUUUUCUUGAAUGACAAUAUGAAACUAGAAUAAUAAUCUUGGCAUGAUUUUUUGCUGUCGUCACUUGUCAUCCUACAAUAUAAAAACAAUUAAGAACGUUUAAUUAAAAUAAUAUAUUUACCAGCUAUACAUGAAUAGGUUAUUAAAGAGGCUGUCAAGUCCGCGUGUUCUGUUACAUUUUUUGUGAUAAUUUAAUUAAAAUCCGAUCUGUGGGUCUCCAAGUUAGCUCAUCAAGGAGAAAUUGAACUACUGAAGCAAAAAUUUAGCCCCAAAACAACAAAGUUUAGAUCGAAAACGCUAAGAACCACUUCUUACAGAGGUAUGGACAAAAUUUGAUUGAAAUUUGUACACAUUUUGUUCCAAAAUGACAAAUUUAAGAUUGAAAAUUUAAGAUUGAAAAUUAUAAAGAUGUGUUUCUUAACAUUUUCAAUCUUGAAUUUGUCAUUUUGGAGCUGAAUGUGUACAAAUUUCAAUCCAAUUUUGUCCAUACCUCUGUAAGAAGUGCUUCUUAGCGUUUUCGAUUUAAAAUUUGUUGUUUUGGGGCUAAAUUUUUGCUUCAAUAGUUCAAUUUCUCCUUCGUGAUAUAUUCUGAAUGCGUAAUGAGCUAACUUGGCGACCCACAGAUCGGAAUUUUAAUUACAUUAUCACAAAAAAUGUAAUCAAAACACGCACAUGAGCAGAACGGACUUGACAGCCUCUUUAAAGUAAUUACUGAUAGAUAAAUGUAAAAGUUCUCACAUGUAGCAAUAUUGUUCAAUUUCUUGAAAAGCCUUUACCAUGUCAGACUGCCGAGUCUGGAUGGGUAUUCUAAGUCGAGCAGGUACAGUAGGAAGUAAAUGAUGGUUUUUACAGUUUCGCUAUUCUCGAAUGUUGCCAAUAGAUCCAUGCCAUGAUCAUCCCGAUACAGUAUGUCAGCGGGCGUCAUUUGUAGCCAGGUAGUCAAGGCUGUGUCUCCUUCCUUUUAUAGAAAAAAACCCACAAAAAUAGUUUUGGGAACAACUACAUGCACAACCCUCAUUAAUUAACAGCUUAUGUUUUCACUAACAAGCUAUCCCCUGGGGUUAUAGACAGAGCGAAAUACUAGUGAUGGAUGAAAGUCAUGAAACAAGAGACACUGGCAGAUAGUUUUUGUUAGCCCAUAUUAACUUACAGUAUCUCAACUAUAUAGGAAAGCUCAAAACUAAGAGGAUGUAUACGUCAAAGUUUCUUGGUCACCGAAAGGAGAACCCAACCCCCUAAGCAGUUGUAAAUCUGCACAACUGGCCAGGAGCUCAGUUUAAAUCACUUUCUUUUUUCUAGGUAAUUCAACAAAUAAGGGGAAAAUGUUUCAAUUUCCAGCAACCAAUUCAGCUCUCCAAUUGAAUUAUGUUGAUUAUCUGGAAUACAUUCCGCUCUUAAUAUUGGCGGCAAAUUGGAUUCGCUGGUUGGAAAAGUUGCUUUUUAUCAUUUUUGCCCAACACUAUGUAGUUCGCCGCACCAUAAUGGCGAACAUUAGUGAUAAACAGGUGGGUUAGUGAGCCAAAUUUUAUAGACAAAGAAGGAAAAAGGAUGGAAUAUACCGUAAAUUUGGUUCUUUUGUAUCUUAAAAAUUUAAUUAAAGUUAACUCGUUCACCGCAACCAGAGACCGGUUGUUCAAACCUGGAUUAGCGCUAAGUUAACUCUCCGUUAAAAUUUAACCUGCUAUUUUAGUUAAUAUGUAUUUCUGCACGUCUGUUUAUCUCAGAACUUCAGAGAAGAAAACUUAUUGAUCCAGACAAGAUUUUUGAAAAAUAUUUCUAAAUUUAUAAACAAGCUGUAGGGAAGUUUGCUUUGAAUUAAUUUUAGAUUAUUAAUAACUUAUAAUAAGGUUAGGGUAUUCGGCUUUCGAACAACAUGGCCCCAGGUUGAUAUCAGGCUUAAUUAUCGAACACAUGCAUCAGUAAUUUAUAUACGGGCAUAUACGAACACAGCGCCAUUUAUUGUUGCCUUGAUAUAGCUUGGUAAUAAAAGAGCAGGCUCAACUUACGUAUAACGUGCAAAUUGCGUGCGUGCACACCUAAAAAGAAACUACACCUUUCCUAAUUAACAUUAUCAGCGCAACCGCAAAUCUUUUACCUAUACGCUCAUGCAUAUAUGUGCGGAAAACACCGGUACCACGCAUAUUUAUUAUAAUUACUAAAAAUGUGUCUACCUUUCUUGUCUCGUUGUCUCUUGUUGGCUUAAUCUUUUGCACUUCAUUGUCGGUCUACCCUUUCUUGCUUUCUAAUAAAUUUUGUAUUUAAAUGGCACUCUAUAAUUCUCUUCACAUUGCUCUGCCAAGAACCCGGUGCCGACAAUAAGACAAACCAAAUUGGGAAAAACCCAAGACAGUCCAUUAUGGUGUUUAAUUUUAAUCGCAACAAUUUAAUACACUCAACUUUUUUAUCCCGCUCAAUUUGUAUUUUAGCCCACUGAGUGGGAGUACUCUCCCUAAGCCUUCGACGAGUAACUGAAUAUCGUCUGGUGUAAUGGACAGAGUAAAAUAUGGCGCAUCUGGGGCAUUGCCGCUUAACGGGUUAUAAAGUACCCCGAACUAAAAUAAACUCUUCCAUGUAAAUUUUAUUCAUUGCUUGCUAUAUUUGCAUAUACUCGAUCGCAUGCACUUAUUUGACACACGUAGUCAAACUUAUACUGGACAUAUACAUCUUCUCGUAGCCACGGCAUAUUACAGCGUGUGUUUUUUUCAAAACCAAAAGAUCCUGUUUUAUAUGAUCUAUUGGGCAAAUAUUAAUGUCCAAAGUAGUCGAAUAACUACAUCACUCUUGAGAGGGUAUCAAUCUUAGAAGUUUUUUUGUUCUUACAAACGAUCUAUUUCAUUCCGGCAAACAGGGCAUAUUGGGCGAAAGCGUGUCUGAUAUCUCAGACACGUAUGAGGAGAGUGGAGUGAAUAAACGCAGUUUUCCAACAAAGAAAUACAUUGGUAGUUAUUCAAUUUAUUAACUGGUAAUGGUACCAGUUAAUAUAUUGCCCAAUCGGGCAAGCAAGAUAAAACGUUUACUUGCAUGCCCGUCAUGAUAUUCAUUUGCCCCGGGCAAGCGGGCAAGUGUUAAGUUACACUCAGGUUACACUUCCGCUAGAUGCGCUUGAUGCGAGCAAGCUCACGUGCAUGUAUAUAUAUAAGCACUAUGAUUUCACGUACUGAAUGGCAGCUGCUUAAACGGAUCUUGCAGUUUCUGUAUUAAAUUACCGUUGUGUUUCUAUUAUUUAGGUUUAUCAUAUCAUGGAAAUUCAUAUUACUGGAACAGUGUAUGUUGGAACAAGUUUCCUUUGGAUUCAGACACAAACUUUGCACAUAGAUAUGAUGUUUGAAGAACAUUGUGAAAGGCUUAUUAAUAAGGUUAAGAAUAACAAUCAAGUGCUAGGGGAGGAAAAUGACGAGCUACAACAGCAAUUACGCGAAAAGGAUGAGUUGAUAAAAGAAAUGAUUAUCGAAUGUGAAAGGCUUAAAAUAGAGAAUAGAACACGUAUCGAAGAGAAACUAGCAUUGGAAAACAAACUACAGCAGUUGAAAGAAAGGCAUGGAAAGUUGGAGAAAGAUUACGAAGACAAACUACUUGAGUUUGAACGACUUUCUAUUGAGAACGAUUCCAAAACAAACAAAGCGAAAGGAAACGAGAAACUUCAGAAAUUAUUUCCCCCAAAACAAUCGGAAUCGUUAGUUUAUAAUAUGGAAGGCAAUCUUUCGUCUGAUUUUAACUCUUGCAGGUCAACCAGAAAUUCUGACGUUCAGCCUAUCAUUGUUCAAUCUGAGGGUGAAAAGAAACCGUUGCCUGCUUUAUCUUUGCCGCAUCCAUCAGGAGAGCAAUCUGUAGGAUCAAGUGAAGAGUCGGUGGAGUUAAGUGCAUGUCAGAAUCAAGGCAGUCAUGUAAGACAGAAAAAUGUUUCGAUUGCCUUAAAUGAAAGCAUUGAUGUUUCAACUGAUUCAACGCCAUUCCCCACCGAGGUACACGAAAGAAGUAAUGCAGAGUCCUUGGGUCUCAUAAAUGAGACUUCUUCUUCAGUUAGUGGCCAUGUCUACAACGCUUACAAACUGUUAUUAUUAACGAUAUCUGGUAGGUUGCUAUACAGUGAUAUUAUCAAACUUAAAGAAUGGGCAAAGGAAAAAUUCUCAGUCGAGAGUAAUCUAAGUCCAGCUAAACUAAUUUUACAAUUGGACCAGAAAGGUGCUAUAAAUGCAUCGGAUUUAGGUCAGCUCCGUGUAUUCUUCGAGUCAAUCACAAGAUUUGAUCUAGUGUACCUUAUUGAUGAAUUUUAUAAUGGUGACUACGAUAAGUUGAGAAAGUUGAUCAAUCAACAUAAGUCGAUAAACAAUAGUCGCGAACGAGUGGCCAAUUUAAAUCGAGAGCACUCAUCUAGAGUUCUUCUACCGCAUAAUAACACACCCAGAUAUCCACUAAGAACCAACACCGUUAACCGGGAUAUAGGCAAUGUUCAAGUAUCUGAACGACCUAGUAUAGCUGUCAAGAACAAUGGCGUAACCAUUGCCAGGAAUCGCCAACGCACGGAAAAUGCUCACGCAAAUGUUGUCAGCACUAACAGUUCUAUUGUAAGUGGCAAUAGAUUUUCAACGUAUGAAAAUUCAGAAGAUGUUCCUGAGGGUCCUGCAAUUAAUAAUACAAGAGGUUGGUAAACAAAUUAUUCCAUUAUUCCAUUAUUUAAUUUAAACAUUUUUAUUAAAUCAAAUCAAUACUUUUUUCUGAUACAUUAUUUCCGAAAUAUGUGCUACCAUCAAGAAUACACAUUUUCGACUAUUAUCUAAUUUGUCCAACUUCUUUUCUACUGGAAGGAAAGCUAGCCCCUCCCCCCCCCCCCCCCUCCGCCCACCUCCACCUCGUAUUCUAAUGAAUUUAUAUUACCACUUUUAUCCCACCUUUCUUCUAUUCCUGAAAGAACAUGAACAGAGAAUAAACAAUCAACAAAUUAAUAAAUAUUAAUUAAAUGGCAUUUAUUAAUUUAACCAAGGAAACCAAGGAAACGAGAACAGGGUAAGCUCAAAUGAUGCUCCAGUUACUACAAGUGAAAUCAACCGAAGGAAGACGUCAAACUCAGGACAGCCUUCAUCUCAAAAACGCCCAAAAUCGAGGCAACCGUCAUCUCAUGACGCCCAGAAUCGUCCUGCACAAUGCAAUGGUCCUUCUCAACGCCAUCGGGAUGACCACUUUCAUGGGCCGAGGAACGGCGAUAUACAAGACAAUUGGCUAUGCAAUCAUUACAAAAGAAGAUGCUUGGUGAAAUUUGAUUGCUGCAGCAAAUACUGGCCAUGCCACCGUUGUCAUAACAACGAGAGCACGUGUGGGCGGAAGAAACUAAAGUCACGUGACACGACGAUGGUCAAAUGUGUCGAAUGCGGGAAAGAACAACAGGUAUCCUAAAAGAUGUUAAAGUUGUCUGCACAUCUUUGUGAUUCUUUCAGUACAGCUCUCUACAGAGAGAUCAUUGAAUCAAGGGAAAUGUAGGAUUUAAAUUGCGAUGUAGACAUAAUGUACCUUCUUUUCUUUUUCAAUACACUUUUAAUGAAACGUUAAAAUUCCGUGAGAUUUAUUUGAAAACGUGAAAACCUAAAAAUCUAAAAAUAUAUGCAGUAUAAAAUUCUUCCGUUUUUACGCCAUAUUGAAACGUUUUAUCUUUUUAGAUUCAAAACUAAGCUUUUCAAUAAAUAGCAUGAAUUUUUAACUUUUAUUGAAAAGUGGUUGAAAGAAAAAAGAAGACGAUAUUAUGUCAGCAUCGACAAUUUUAAAAAUAACAGACUCUUUCCUUGCUUCAACUGAAAACAGUAGUGAGAAAUCAUGUUGCUAGGAUUGAAUUCGUCUAUGUUAGGAAAAUAAUUCCUGGUAUCUGGUAAAUUUUAUUGUUAAGAAAUAUGUAUUUAUUAGUAAUCUAUUAUUUUUCGAUUUCAUUCUGUCGUUCAGCUAAAAUGGUCUACUAUAUUUCAGUGUUGGAGAAUAAUAUUUUAAUUUAAACUCUUAGACGACAAUUUCAUAGCUAUUCUACAUUUUUUUCUUUCUAUAGUUUGGUGAAAAUGGUCAAUUUUGUGUUUCGUGUAACACUCAAUUCGCUAAUUUCUACUGUGGACUGUGCAAACAUCUUACUGGAAAUGAUGAUCACCCCUAUCAUUGCGAUAAAUGUGGCAUUUGCAGGUGAGAAUUUGUCUGACAUAAAAUUAAACAUCGUUAGGGAAAUUUUCGAUUAUUUCAACUAUACAGCCUUUAUCUUAUCAGAUUGAUUGAGAUACAGUACGUUUAAUUUCUAGGAUUCAUGGAGAUCGCUCGUUUCAUUGUGAUGUAUGCGGUAUUUGUCUUGAUGUUCAACUUCGUGGAAAUCAUAAAUGUCGUCCUGAUUCAGCCCAUGAUGAAUGUGGCAUCUGUUUGGAGGUGAAAGCAUAAUCUAAUACUUGAAUACCUAAUUCGGAUACUUGAAGGAUUACAGGAUCAAACUCAUGCAUGUAAAUAUAUUUACAAGAACUUCGACAUUUUAAAGUCUCUCGUUCCUAUUCGCUAACUUCUAGACGAUUUGUCCUCGCUCGAAAAGACUUGUUAAUGGUAACUUGUUAGGUCAGUUUAAACCAGUAGUCCCUUGAGUGUCCUUGGGAAAUGCAUUCUAAUUUGUUUUGAAUUUCUUCAGGACGCAUUUACAGGCUGCCAAAUUCUACCAUGUUCCCACAAGGUUCACAAAGAAUGCGCUAAUCGGAUGAUUCGGAACGGAAUGUAAGUCCAUUUAUUGUUUAAAAUAUUUGCAUUCGUAAAUUCCACACGACACUUUUCUCCAAUCAAUGGAGGUACCCGGUAUAUUAGAAAGUAGUGCUGUUUACCACCAAACUCAAGUGGACUGAAGUUUAGUCAUCUGAUUACCUUAAGCAUUCCAAGCCCAUGCGGUAUAAGUACGAAUACAUGGAGUAUCUAGAUUUCUACCAAGGUGCACUGACGAGGCGCAGAACGCCGAAACAUGCAUGUCUGCAGAUUGUACUAUUACGCUGCUUCACUUCCGUGUUGUUGAGCACUCUGCGGAGUUGUUAAUGGGUGUCUAUUAGUGAUACAAUGCAAAGAUCACUUUCUUUGUGGUUGUUUGAGCACUCUGGUUGUCUGAGUACUCUGAUACUACAACAUUAACAAGUCUUUGGCAAUUGGCACCCCAUUACACUCUGCGCAUGUGUGGAUGCGUUCAUGUCGUCGUGUUGUACCACAUGCCUUGCAAUGAUAUAAAUACGAAUGCAUCGCGUAUCUAGUCUGCCUAAUGUUUGGCAUAUACAACUGUAGCUGACUGUAUUACGGGAAUUCCACGCAGAUCACCCACUACACAAAAUAUUCAACCGUAAUACAGUAUGUAUAUAUAUAUAUAUAUAUAUAUAUAUAUAUAUAUAUAUAUAUAUAUAUAUAUAUAUAUAUAUAUAUAUAUAUAUAUAUAUAUAUAUAUAGUUUUAUAGUUUAUAGUUUCGUAAACCAAAAUCUUAAUAUAUAUAUAUAUAUAUAUAUAUAUAUAUAUAUAUAUAUAUAUAUAUAUAUAUAUAUAUAUAUAUAUAUAUAUAUAUAUAUAUAUAUGUAUACAUGUGUAUAUGUAUGUAUGUGUCGACACCUUCGUGUUGUACCAUGCGCUUGGUGAGAGCACGCACAUGUUAAUUUAUACUGAAAUACGAAUGUAUCAUGUAUCUAGACGUGUACCAAGCUGCACUGACGAGGCGUUGAACGCCGAAACAUGCAUAUUGCAUGUCUGCAGAUUGUACUAUUACGCUCCUUCACCUCGGUGUUGUUGAGCACUCUGCGGAGUUGUUCAGUGGGUGUCUAUUAGCAAUAUAUAAUGCAAAGCUUACUUCCCUUUGUUGUCGUUUGAGCACUCUGGCCCCAUUAUACUCAUAAUAUUCUUUGGGAUUGUUUGCAACAAGUAUAGCGAAAGGAGGUGAAUAUAUGCUAGUGCAAGAACUCGAAUACAAUACAUGCAUGACAUAUCUUUCAUAAUUUUCAGACCAUCAGAAAUUUAUCAAAAUAAAGAAAUUUAUAUUGGGGUUUCUACAUAAAAUGUGUUUUUUCUUCUCCCCUUUUAUCCAGAACUUGCUGUCCGAUAUGCCGAGAAAGUUUCGCCCACAAACUUGAGAGACGCCCUGUUGGAAGGAGGAAAAGAUGAACCAAACUCUUGGAAAUUUAUUAUUAAAAAUUCCAGGAGAAUUGCUACCAAUAAAUGCGCAUAGGGAUGUUCAGAUUUUGACAUCGACAACUCCUAUAUACCGUUACCGUAUCCUGCCGUCGUCAGAGCAAGCGCCUUUCAACUAUAAGAUUAUGAGCCUCAUGUGAAUCAUGAGGAGAGAGUCGUUCAACGCUGUGUCGAAGUCGUGGGUUUUCUCCUGCUGCUACGAUAUCGCUUCCAACCGAGAAAUAGACAAUGUGGGUUAGGAUAAACAGGGCCUAUCAGAG